AUGGAGCCCCCUCGUUCAUCUUAUCGCCUCGUCCGCCACCACCUCGCCGCCGUGCCCUUCGAAUCCCUCUCCCUGCACUACUCCCCGCGCCGCACCCUCUCCGUCGACCCCGAGGACCUCUUUCGCAAAAUCGUCCGUCCUCCCCGCGCCGCCCUCGACAGCCCAAACGACGAAGACGACAACGCGGCCGCGGCCGCCGCCGGCGUCCAUCCCGACGGCGACCGCCGCGGCGGCUACUGCAUGGAAGUCAACACCCUUCUCGCCUCCGUGCUCCGCGGCCUCGGCUACGACGUCUUGUCCGUGGGGGCCGCGUAUCCUUUGCCACGCAGAGCAAGCCCGGCGAGGGCUUCGACGGCUGACGCCGCCCUCCCCACCGAACCGGUCCUCGCCGGCCAGCUCGUCCUCAUGGCCGACGAGCUCAAGCUGCGCCGCGUCCGCCCCGGUCGUCCCGACGAAUUCGCCGAGUACGUCGUCCUCGAGCGUUUUCCCACCGAGGAUGCCCGCGUCGCCGCCCUGCGCAAGUGGUUCGGCAUCAACCUGUCCCCGAGGAGAGGGCCGCCAUCGCGGGCCACUUGA